AUGUCCCGCUUGCCCUUCUAUAAGGCUCUUGCGAGAGAUAAAGCCUCGCUUGUGGCGACCAACGUUUCGUACCUGAGAGACUCUCUAACGUGGUAUGCGCCAAACGAGGUUGAAAUCACGAAAAGAGGCCAAAUCGUGGCCCACGACGAAACUGAGCCUCUGUCGUUGCUUGCAUCGUCUUUGCAGGCUUGCCACGUGUCUGUACACCUGCUGGUGGGCCCGGGGCCUGCUUUGAACGGGAGAAGACGGUUCCUGAAGAAAGUGGAGCCUGAACAGGCUGCUUACGAUGAACCGCCCGUGAUAUUUAUACGGCUGUACGAUAACGAGAAGCUUUACCUUCGGAUCGCGUCGAAAACGACGUUUGGAAUGGUGCUUCUGGCGCUUAUGGCGUGGCAGAAUAUGAAACCGGCUGGGUUGGCGAAGAAAUGGUACGCUGAGAACUCCAGCUCGGCGUUGGUGGUACUGGCAGACCCACACGAGGUGCUUGUGGGACGGUUUCGGAUCUUUGGCCCGAUUCCAGCGAAGGUGAAGAACUUGAAACUCGUGAAAAUGCCCAGACCGCCGCCUUACCAGCUGCCUUACGAUACAGACGCCCAUAAUGACCCAUCCCAUACGUCUGGAACGCUGCAGGGUCACGAAGGGUCGGUCCUGGAGGGCUGGUUUUAUACUAUGGGCGUGUUGAAGUCAAACGGUACGCUUAACUUUAUUUCUGAGCUUGACGGGACGUUGCUUUACUCGAUAGAUAUCAAGAGCAUUCUUCUGCUGGAGAUAAGGGAGGUUCACCACUCCAUUUGCGAUUCCUCCAAUAUCCUCUUUAUUGGCCAUAUCAAGGAUUUGCGCUGGAAUAACGUCAUCAAGUCUACCACCGCCUUGACGCUCGAAUCGCUUACCCAGCUUCUGCCCAGCUUGCUUACCAAAGACGGCAAACCCGUCGCCAACAACUCCAGAAUCCUUAUUGACUUCCCGUUGCACAUUGACCUCGAAGACUGGUUCGUGGGGCUCAAUUACUUCUGUAAACGUGAGUACAUUGGCACUUACGAUAAGUCGUCUACGCUUCGUCCUCCGCCUACGAGACACAUUGUGGAUAUUGAUUCCACGAUAGAUAACGAUACGACGUUGGACGGGUCGGAAAACCACGAAAACGGGCUGAAUCCGAAUUUGACCCUUUCUUCAAACGGCCAUUCCCAACGCCCUGCUCAUAAAUCACACGAGGAAGAGCACCCACAGCUUUCUCGGUACCUUCGUGAGCACUUACGUGUUUCUAAAAAACUCACGGUUGAUAUAAUCGAGGCCAAGUUCGAUAACCCUCCAGCCAGUCCUAAAGACUCUAACAAAAUCUAUGCCGAGGUGGUGAUGUGGGGAUUCCCAUGGGCCAGAACUGCUUUCGUUCAACACACGUCUAAUCCGUUCUGGAAAGAGAACUUUUCAACGUAUUUGCCUAUUCUGACGCAGAUGGUCCAUAUCGUCAUCAAAAAGUGUCUUUCCUCGAAAAACGUCUAUUCUCCAGCAGACAAGGUCGUGGGAACGGUCUACUUAACUCCUGACGUGCUUACCCAGCAAAGACACACGUUCUCCACCAUGAUGAGCCUUAAUCCAGCAGGAAACACCAUUAAUGUCCCUGGCCACACUGCAAACGAUUCACUUGGCGUGGCAGCAGCCACCAUGGCCAAUAAUAACAACUCUGUACGUCUUUCCAUCUACGACGCCACAAACCUUCCAAUCGGUAAGCUUUUGUUGACUGUGGACCUCAAGGAGUACCUAAUACCAAACCCUUCGUACUUUAAGCCCUUGGAACGGAUGCUUGCGAACUGUCCAAUGAAAGAGCUUAUUGAGUUCUGCAAUAGUGCUGUGUCGACGUCUGAAUUUGAAAACGUCAGUUUCAUCUUGCUUGAUAUCUUCCAGAGCUUGGGAAUUGAAGAUAGGUGGUUUAAAACGCUCGUGGAAGCUGAGUUGGUUGGUGUGGAUAAAAUGACGAGGAAGAAUUACGUUAACAAGGGUAACGGAAACGGCAAUUCCACGUCAAGCAACAACGUCUUUAACACGUUAUUCCGUGGCUCUUCCAUCUUCACCAAGUCUUUGGAAAAGUAUAUCUUCAGAAUUGGCCAGGAGUACUUGGAAAAGGUGUUUGGCGACUUGUUUGAAAAGAUCACCAUGGAGCUGCUCAACUGUGAAAUCGAUCCUCGGUACGUCAGACAACAAGAAGCUGCCAAACGCAAGAAAGCCAAGCAAGGAGCCAAUCCAAGAGCUUCAGACGACUCAGACGACGAAAGCGACGAAGAUGUGGAUGCUGAAACGGAAAAGAAACGUGAAGAACAUGUCAAGGAGAUCAUUGACAAAAACUACAAGACCCUUACGAACUACGCCGAGCAGCUCUGGUACCGUAUCUACUCGACAUCCAACGAUAUUCCUGAACAGAUCAAACUUCAACUUAAGAACUUCCGAAACAAGGUUGAUUUUGCGUGUGAUCCAGAAGAUAAAACCACCGCUCUCAACUGUUUGAGUGCAUUUAUCUUCCUUCGGUUCUUCUGUCCUGCCAUUCUCAACCCUAAGUUGUUCUAUUUGACAAAGAACCACCAAACAGGCAACGCCCAAAGAACCUUGACGUUGAUUGCCAAGAUCUUGUUGAACCUUGCCAACAGACAAGAGUUCAGUCAGCACAAGGAGCCACACUUGGUGCGUAUGAACAAGUUCCUUGAAAAGCAUCUGGGAGAGAUGUUGGACUAUUUCGACAAAAUUACCGGAAGAAAGAACGAUUUCAAUGAAAAAAUCUUGGACUUGAGCCACGAAGUCAACAGGUUUGACUUGGGGCUUGGAGGAGACGCCUCGUCGAGUGAACUUCCUACAACGCCUUAUUUGAUCGAUAAGUACUUGAGGUUGACAGAGUUGAUCCAUCUUCUUAAAUUGAGUGGAACAGGCAGAACGCAAUCACAAAAACUCGCCUCCACAUCUACAAGUUCCAUCACGACGAUGCUUUCGAGCCUGACGUUCGCCAGAAGCAACAACAACACGCCAUCACAAAAUGCAGCGGCUCGUCUGCCGUUCAAGGAUAACCUAGCACCUCAAAACGACGAAAUCGUGCUUGACGAUGACAAAAACACGUACCAGAUUGGAUCCCUAGAGUUUGAAAAGUCCGAGUUUCUUGAUUUGGUUGGCGACAACGAAACCGAAGGGUUCAUCAAGUCGUUGUGCCGCAGCAACGAAGAGAUCUUUUCAUUCAUCACGUCCAACAUUUCACUUAAGGAUCUCCAGAAACAAAGCACCGACCUUAUACAUCGUAUUGACGAACUUUCACAUAAACUCGAAGAACCAGAAGUUUGUGAAGAUCUCCAACACGAUACCAAACUCUGGGAAGCGUUUGUGGUGAAAGUAGUUGAAACAGCAUGUGUUGAUGUUUCCAAGAACUCUAUUGUCUUUUACGAUGAAAACUUCCAAGGAGCCAUGGUUCCCGGCCAAAAGAGGCUCCGUGACAACGGCAUCACCUCCCUUAAGCUCAAGUUCCCUGUGGAAAUGGACCGAACGCUGAUGAGCGAAAGUUUCAGCACCAACUCGUUGGGCAGUCUUUUACGGACGCCAUCGAAGAACCCCAUGGCCACGGAAGCGGAGAUUUUGGCGUCUUACCCGCAAGUAAACGCCCCUACGACACAGACUGGGUACACAUCGAACUUGAGCGAAGACCAGAAACAGGUUUUGGCGCAGUUGCGGGCUGAGCUCGUCAAGGAAGGGUUCGAGUACCGGUUGGACGACGCCACGCUUCUUCGUUUUUUGCGGGCACGGAAGUUCAAUUUGGCCAAGGCCAAGUUUAUGUUUGUGGAGUGUGAAAAGUGGCGCAAAGAGUUUGGCACCAACACCAUUCUUAAGGACUUCCAUUAUACGGAAAAACCGCUUGUGGCGCAGAUGUACCCCCAGUACUACCACAAGACCGAUAAGGACGGGAGACCGGUGUACUUUGAGGAGCUCGGCAAGGUGUACUUGCCGGAUAUGUUGAAGGUGACGACCCAGGAGAGAAUGUUGAAGAACUUGGUGUGGGAGUAUGAGCUGUUUACUCAGUACCGGUUGCCUGCUUGUUCUAGAAAGCAGGGCUACUUGGUGGAGACUUCGUGUACGAUCAUGGACUUGAAGGGGAUUUCCAUGAGUGCUGCGUACCAGGUGAUUGGCUACGUCAAGGAGGCUUCCAAGAUUGGCCAGGACUACUACCCGGAGAGAAUGGGCAAGUUUUACUGUAUCAACGCUCCGUUUGGGUUUUCCACGUUGUUCAAGUUGUUCAAGCCGUUUUUGGACGCUGUCACGGUGGAAAAGAUCCAUAUUUUGGGCUCCUCGUACCAGAAGGAGUUGCUCAAGCAGAUUCCUCCUCCAAACUUGCCCAAGAAGUAUGGCGGUCAGAGCGACGUGAGCAAUCAGGACUUGGCUUUGAACGACUACGGUCCUUGGAGAGACCCCCAGUUCAUUGGACCAGAAGGCGAGGCUCCUCGUGCGUUCCAGUAA